UACCCUUCCUGCCCCUGUAUUGGCCGUCCAGGGUCUGCCAGGAGUUGUCGCCGGUUUCUUCAUCCAGGAUGAAGAACUACAGAGCUAUCGGCAAAAUAGGGGAGGGGACGUUCUCCGAGGUCAUGAAGAUGCAGAGCCUGAGAGACGGGAACUACUAUGCCUGUAAGCAGAUGAAGCAGCGCUUUGACAGCAUCGAGCAAGUGAACAACCUGCGAGAGAUCCAAGCUCUGAGGCGCCUGAAUCCACACCCCAACAUCCUCACCCUGCACGAAGUGGUCUUUGACAGAAAAUCCGGUUCUCUGGCACUAAUGUGUGAACUAAUGGACAUGAAUAUUUAUGAGCUCAUCCGAGCGCAGGCCCCGCGGCGCCAGGACGACGGACAGCGCGGCUCUCAGUCGAGAGCUAUGAGUUUUGAUUUUCCUUUUAAAAAGGGAUCGGGAAUACCUCUAUCGACAGCCACCCUGUCCCCGCACUGCCUCUCCCUCCUGCACGCCAUGGUGGCCUACGACCCCGACGACAGAGUCACGGCCCACCAGGCGCUGCAGCACCCCUACUUCCAGGAGCAGAGGGCGGCUGAGAGGCAGGCUCUGGCCGGCCACCGGAGAGCCUUCUUCCCGGAGCGCCCCGCGGCCCCGGAGCUCCUCAGCAGCGACUGGCACCUCGUGAAGGAGGGCAGGAAGCAGCAGCAGCCUGCCAAGCCCGAGGAGGACCAGCCCCGGAGAGCGGGCCCCGCCUACCUGAUGGAGCUCCCCAAGCUUAAGCUUCCGGGCGUGACCACCCUGUCCUCCUACUCCAGCCCGGCUCUGCAGACCGUGUUCGGGCCCGGAGCAAGCGGGAGAGUCUCGAUGCUCAGGCCCCUGAAGCUCGUGGGCGCAAACCACAAGGCCGACCCGCAGAAGGACCUGAAGCCCAGCCUGAAGCAGUGCCGCCUGCCCACCAUAGAGCGCAAGGGCGGCGGGCGCUGAGCGGCCGGGCCGCUGUGCGGGCGCCGGCCCCCUGCGGGGCCUCCUCUCUCUGUCUGGGGCAGAGGCUAUCUUGUGACUUCACGUGAGCCGAGACAGACUGGCCGGCGGCUCCACGCGGUCCGCGGGCCGGCUGGCGGGCGAGGGCCCGCGGUGGCCGA